CUCCGCCCCUCGCCGAGCCGCCCCUCCGCGGCUGCAGCGAGAGCUAGCCCAGCUCUGCGGACGCCGCCACCUUCGCCGCCACCGCCGCCUUUCUCCUCUUGUCGGCGUGCGGGGGCCGCGCCCGGCGGCGGCUCUGCCCUAGGUGGGUGGCGCUGCCCAGGCUGCAGCUGAGCGCUCUGCGCGGCGCAGCCGGGUCUCCCGCGCGUACCGUGAGGUGACAGGUGCAGAGUCCGGGCUGAGGACCCACCUGCAGCCGCCGCCGCGAUGCCCACCAUGCGGAGGACCGUGUCGGAGAUCCGCUCCCGCGCCGAGGACAUUGGGUACCUGCUGUUUGUUGGCACUGGUGUUGGAAAGAUGAAUAACACACCUUCUGUGGCCCUAGGGAGUUCCUAUUCUGGUAGGGCGAACCUGACUCAGACAGCAACAAAACCUGCUGGUUAUGAGAAGACAGAUGAUGUUUCAGAGAAGACCUCACUGGCUGACCAGGAGGAAGUGAGGACUAUUUUCAUCAACCAGCCCCAGCUGACAAAAUUCUGCAAUAACCAUGUCAGCACUGCAAAAUACAACAUAAUCACAUUCCUUCCAAGAUUUCUCUACUCUCAGUUCAGAAGAGCUGCUAAUUCGUUUUUUCUCUUUAUUGCACUGCUUCAGCAAAUACCUGAUGUGUCACCAACAGGUCGUUACACAACACUGGUUCCUCUCUUAUUUAUUUUAGCUGUGGCAGCUAUCAAAGAGAUAAUAGAAGAUAUUAAACGACAUAAAGCUGAUAAUGCAGUGAACAAGAAACAAACGCAAGUUUUGAGAAAUGGUGCUUGGGAAAUUGUCCACUGGGAAAAGGUAAAUGUUGGAGAUAUAGUUGUAAUAAAAGGCAAAGAGUAUAUACCUGCUGACACUGUGCUUCUCUCAUCAAGUGAGCCCCAAGCCAUGUGCUACAUUGAAACAUCCAACUUAGAUGGUGAAACAAACUUGAAAAUUAGGCAGGGCUUACCAGCAACAUCAGAUAUCAAAGACAUUGACAGUUUGAUGAGGAUUUCUGGCAGAAUAGAGUGUGAAAGCCCAAACAGACAUCUCUACGAUUUUGUUGGAAACAUAAGGCUUGAUGGACAUGGCACUGUUCCACUGGGAGCAGAUCAGAUUCUUCUUCGAGGAGCUCAGUUGAGAAAUACACAGUGGGUUCAUGGAAUAGUUGUCUACACUGGACAUGACACCAAGCUGAUGCAGAAUUCAACAAGUCCACCACUUAAGCUCUCAAAUGUGGAACGGAUUACAAAUGUACAAAUUUUGAUUUUAUUUUGUAUCUUAAUUGCCAUGUCUCUUGUCUGUUCUGUGGGCUCAGCCAUUUGGAAUCGAAGGCAUUCUGGAAAAGACUGGUAUCUCAAUCUAAACUAUGGUGGCGCUAAUAAUUUUGGACUGAAUUUCUUGACCUUCAUCAUCCUUUUCAACAAUCUCAUUCCUAUCAGCUUGUUGGUUACACUAGAAGUUGUGAAAUUUACCCAGGCAUACUUCAUAAAUUGGGAUCUUGACAUGCACUAUGAACCCACAGACACUGCUGCCAUGGCUCGAACAUCUAAUCUGAAUGAGGAACUUGGCCAGGUUAAAUACAUAUUUUCUGACAAAACUGGUACUCUAACAUGCAAUGUAAUGCAAUUUAAGAAGUGCACCAUAGCGGGAGUUGCUUAUGGGCAGAACUCACAGUUUGGAGACGAAAAAACAUUUAGUGAUUCAUCAUUGCUGGAAAAUCUCCAAAAUAAUCAUCCGACUGCACCUAUAAUAUGUGAAUUUCUUACAAUGAUGGCAGUCUGUCACACAGCAGUGCCAGAGCGAGAAGGUGAUAAGAUUAUUUAUCAAGCAGCAUCUCCAGAUGAGGGAGCAUUGGUCAGAGCAGCCAAGCAAUUGAAUUUUGUUUUCACCGGAAGAACACCCGACUCCGUGAUUAUAGAUUCACUGGGGCAGGAAGAAAGAUAUGAAUUGCUCAAUGUCUUGGAGUUUACCAGUGCUAGAAAAAGAAUGUCAGUGAUUGUUCGCACUCCAUCUGGGAAGUUACGACUCUACUGCAAAGGAGCUGACACUGUAAUUUAUGAUCGACUGGCAGAGACAUCAAAAUACAAAGAAAUUACCCUAAAACAUUUAGAGCAGUUUGCUACAGAAGGGUUAAGAACUUUAUGUUUUGCUGUGGCUGAGAUUUCAGAGAGUGACUUUCAGGAGUGGCGAGCAGUCUAUCAGCGAGCAUCUACAUCCGUGCAGAACAGGCUGCUCAAACUCGAAGAGAGCUACGAGUUGAUUGAAAAGAAUCUUCAACUACUUGGAGCAACAGCCAUUGAGGAUAAAUUACAAGAUCAAGUGCCUGAAACCAUAGAAACGCUAAUGAAAGCAGACAUCAAAAUCUGGAUCCUUACAGGGGACAAGCAAGAAACUGCCAUUAACAUUGGACACUCCUGCAAACUGUUGAAGAAGAACAUGGGAAUGAUUGUUAUAAAUGAAGGCUCUCUUGAUGGAACAAGGGAAACUCUCAGCCGUCACUGUACUACCCUCGGUGAUGCUCUCCGGAAAGAGAAUGAUUUUGCUCUUAUAAUUGAUGGGAAAACCCUCAAAUAUGCCUUAACCUUUGGAGUACGACAGUAUUUCCUGGACUUAGCUUUGUCAUGCAAAGCUGUCAUUUGCUGUCGGGUUUCUCCUCUUCAAAAAUCUGAAGUUGUUGAGAUGGUUAAGAAACAAGUCAAAGUCGUAACGCUUGCAAUCGGUGAUGGAGCAAAUGACGUCAGCAUGAUACAGACAGCACACGUUGGUGUUGGUAUCAGUGGCAAUGAAGGCCUGCAGGCAGCUAAUUCCUCUGAUUACUCCAUAGCUCAGUUCAAAUAUUUGAAGAAUUUACUGAUGAUUCAUGGUGCCUGGAACUAUAACAGAGUCUCCAAGUGCAUCUUAUACUGCUUCUACAAGAAUAUAGUGCUCUAUAUUAUCGAGAUCUGGUUUGCCUUCGUUAAUGGCUUUUCUGGACAGAUCCUCUUUGAAAGAUGGUGUAUAGGUCUUUAUAACGUGAUGUUUACAGCAAUGCCUCCUUUAACUCUUGGAAUAUUUGAGAGAUCGUGCAGAAAAGAGAAUAUGUUGAAGUACCCUGAAUUAUACAAAACAUCUCAGAAUGCCCUGGACUUCAACACCAAGGUUUUCUGGGUUCAUUGUUUAAAUGGCCUCUUCCACUCAGUUAUUCUGUUUUGGUUUCCACUAAAAGCUCUUCAGUAUGGUACUGCAUUUGGAAAUGGGAAAACCUCGGAUUAUCUGCUGCUGGGAAACUUUGUGUACACUUUUGUGGUGAUAACUGUGUGUUUGAAAGCUGGAUUGGAGACAUCAUAUUGGACAUGGUUCAGCCACAUAGCGAUAUGGGGGAGCAUCGCACUCUGGGUGGUGUUUUUUGGAAUCUACUCAUCUCUGUGGCCUGCCAUUCCAAUGGCCCCUGAUAUGUCAGGAGAGGCAGCCAUGUUGUUCAGUUCUGGAGUCUUCUGGAUGGGCUUGUUAUUCAUCCCUGUGGCAUCCCUGCUCCUUGAUGUGGUGUACAAGGUUAUCAAGAGGACUGCUUUUAAAACAUUAGUCGAUGAAGUUCAGGAGCUGGAGGCAAAAUCUCAAGACCCAGGAGCAGUUGUACUUGGAAAAAGCCUGACCGAGAGGGCGCAACUGCUCAAGAACGUCUUUAAGAAGAACCACGUGAACUUGUACCGCUCUGAAUCCUUGCAACAAAACCUGCUCCAUGGGUAUGCGUUCUCUCAAGAUGAAAAUGGAAUCGUUUCACAGUCUGAAGUGAUUAGAGCAUAUGAUACCACGAAACAGAGGCCCGAUGAAUGGUGAUGGGGAGAGCCUGAAAGGCAGGCUCUGUUAUCUCUCUAAGGAGACCUACCAAGUUGUCACCGCAGUCUGCUAACCAAUUCCAGUCUGGUCCAUGGAGAGGAAAGGUGGAUCUGAGCUCAUCUCGCUGAUGGACAUUCAGAUUCAUGUAUAUUAUAGACAUAAGCACUGUGCAACUGUACUGUAACACCAUCUCUUUUGGAUUUUUUAAAGUAUUUGCUAAGUCUUUGUAAACAGAAAUUGAAAAUGACCUGGUAUCUUGCCAGAGUGCUUUUCUUAAACGGAGAAUAAGUCAGUAUUCUUAUGCCAUGACUCUGGGGCUGUAACGGACUAUCAAUUUAUUGGCUGUACCACAAGGUAACCAACCAUUAAAAAACUCUAGAUGGUAUUUAGCUAAAGGGACUCUUGAUAUCCAGACUUAGAUUUCAGGAUAUGCUGAAACAAACCAGCAUUCUUAAGGAACUGACUCACCUUCCUGAGCAAAAUUUCUAAACAAGGCAUUAACAAGCUUUUGUGUCAAAAAUUGUCUUGAUAAAUGUUUGCCAAAGAGGUUGAGUAACUGUUUUCCUAGUUCAGUAGUCAUAUGUCCAGAAAUGUAAGAGAAACUUUACUUCCAGUUCUGCUGUAAGAUCUGCAUGUCUGACUUUUCAAAUGUAAGAGUGAUUUACAAAAAUGAGUAUUUCAAGGCGUUUGCUACUAAAAUCUGUGAUGUUGCACCUUUGGCCUUACAAAUGCUUCUUUGUUGUUUGUCGUGUUUAUUUGUUAGAGGACACACGUGCUAAUAUGACUGUUGUUAUGACACUGAUUUUUCAAAUUGUAUGUAUGUUUCAAUUGUUUCUGAUGAAGUUUCUUCAUCAUUUAGAUUUUUCUAAAAAUCUGGCUAAUGCAGUAGAUUGAGUGGUGUCAUUUUAUCUUAAAGUUUUUCCUCUUAAGAAACAUAUGCUACAUAUAUAUUUACGUGGGAUUUCCAAAGCUUCUGUUGCAAUAUUUGGAAUAACAUGCCAGAUAAAUGCAUGGUCUUUUGUCCUGUGUUCCAGUUCCCACUAGAAAUGCCUGCUGUCUUAUGUAGCACACCCGGUGUCAUGAUGACUGCCCUUAUACUGAAGACUGAAAAUUAUUUCACAGUUCACUCAUCAAAUAGUUCCCAAAAUUCAUCACAUGAUGCUUAUUGGGACAAAUAAGUAGUACAUUUUCCCCAUUUAAAAAAUGCCAAUUUUACUCAAGCCCAUAACUUUACAGUCAAAGGACACUUUCAUCAUGAGUAGAUUUUGUUAGUAUGUUUUAAAAUGUAUGUUCAGUUCAAUUGUUUUCAGCAUUUACAAGACAUCUGAAAAUGGCUAUUUUGCUACCAACAGUAAAUGAAGGGGCUGUUUAAAAACCACAACCAGUUUUCUACACUAUUUUUUAAAUAAUACUUUUCAUUUGAAAAAAAGGAAUUCAUUUUCAGAUAUACUUCAGAGAUCAAAGCAAACUAUUUGCCUUUUACUGAAAAGCCUGCUUGCCUUUACAUGGACUUACCAGCAAAAUAGAUAGAACUUUCUCUUUUAAAAAAGUCAACUAGAAUUGAGAAGAGGUGAUGUUUUUUCAGAUCACUUCUUGAGUUUAAUAUUUUCACAUUCUUUUCACCCUUUUUCUCAAUCUAGAUUUAAAAUUAAGAUAUGCAUCAUUUCCUUGUCUGUAUUUGUAGCUACUCAGUUACCAGUAUGCCUCUCCAUUUUCUACAAAUAAGAGGUUAUAACACAUAUACAUAAUUCUAACCUUAAGGGAACACACGUUUACAUACUUUACUUCCCAAGCCCUUCCUGUUUGGGGUACAGUUUAAGGGAGCCAUGAAUCAACAUAUCUAGCAAGACCACAGGUGUAAGAGUCUAAGAUCAUCUUCAAAAUUCUGAAAUCCCAGUCUUUACCUGUGCAAUGAGUGAAUAUUCAGAGCAGCUUUUCCUGGGCUUCCCAGUGGUGAUAGCUGAGGUCAAACCACAAGAAAUGAGAAAGCAAGAAUGAAGUGCACCCCUCCAGAGAAACACUUUAUAACAGUUACAGAGAAGAACUGCUUCUAUUUGCCCUCACUUCAUCAGUGGCACCCUUUUGCAGAAUUUUAAUAUAAAAACAUUAUGAAUAUAAUAGAACUGGAUUUUCUGAGUUAAAAUUGUAAGUUUUAAUCUUGAAACAUGGAUUGUUUCUGUGGAGCUCUUAAAUACGAGAAGAAUACUUAUGGUUGAUAAUGUGUAACAUGAUCUGAAAUGUGACUAAUUUGAGCCUCUUUGUCCCGUGGCCCUAUUUUUGAAUUAUUGACAUUGUCAGUCUCUUUGCUUCCUGGGUGAGACUUAGGAUUUGAGGGACAGGGAGUGACCUUCUUGGUAAAACUUAAAAUAUAACAUUUCAGUUGCAUUGACUUUGCAGUGUUAAAUAGGAGAAAAUAGUCUGAUUUUUUUAAACCUUUCAUAAUUGGAAAAAAGUCACAUGGUUUUACCAGGAUUGAAAUAAACAGUCGAAGUGACUUUUAACAUGUGUUUUUUGAAAUAAAGGGCAUGUACUCUUCAAUUAAAAAGUUCCUUAUAGGGACUCUGGCAAAUGCUAACACAGUUGCUUUACAAUGUUUACAAUUCAGAAAAUACAACUUAGAAAAUCCUCAUUCAUUUAGCAUUGAAAAGCUGGAAGUUGCUUCUUUAAUAUUGAAUAGUACACAGUGGUAUUGAGCAUGGACUUUCUAAAUGUUUUAUAUAUACAUAUAAAAAUAUAUUGGUGUCUCACACCCGGAAAGAUGUUAUAUUGUAGAAAUUAUUAGCAGGAAAACAGUGUCUCUCAGGAACGUUGUAAAUUUUAAAUGAUAUAUGUACUUCCCGUCCUCCCACCUCCACUCUAUGCUCUAAUGUGAGACUGCUUCAGCAGUGUUGCUAAGUUAAUGGAAAACUUUUUCUAAUCAAGUCAGGUGAAUGUGUAUUCUGCUAAAUAAUGUUAGCCAUUUACAUGAAUUGUAUGGUCAUUAAAUGGAAUCAAUGAUUCCUCUUUAAUUUCCAGAGGGGAAAUGAAUUAUGGAAAUCAAUCAGCAUUCGGAUCAUUACAUUUUAUACUUUAAUUUUGCCAUUCAGCAUUCUAAAUAUCCAAAUUGAAAGUCACAUGAUAAUUUGUUUUGCAUUGCGUGCACUAUGCAACACUUACAACUUGUCAUUUAAAACGUUUUUUCAGGAGAUGAAUGCUAGUCAGAAAUUAAUAGAUUGUAUUAUUCAUAGUUUUAAAAUUAUGACAAUAUCAUAAUUAUUACAAAGCUAAAUAAUCAUGUUUAUUUUUGUGCAGUUGCCCUUUGAUAGUUCCUGGUUUUAAAACCUAUUAAGUGUAUAAUCUUAUAAAUAGUCAUCUACAGAAUUUAUGGAGAAAAUGCCCAGUCCAUUCACAUCACACGGACCAGGAAUUCUUUUUGUAAAUGACUUAAGGUAACACCAUGCAGUUCAGUGCCUAAUAAAUGCUUUUUAAUGAUGAACAUUUCUAUAAUGACUCGUAAGAUACCAUAGUCUGAUUUUUCUCACAUUAAAAUAACUGAAGUCACUUGUGUAACGUAGUUAUACUUUGCUGCAUUUUAAUUAACCUUCAACAGCUAUUAAAGUGGAAUGUAAGUUUAGUUUUGAAGGAAGGGAAAUAAAUGUUUUCCAUAUUUUGUCUUGAUUUACUUUCUGUAUGAGAACAGCUGUGUUUUUGAUAGGUUUAUGGUUUGCAUGAAUUCAUAUUUAAAGUGAUCCAGGCCAAUGCAUGGCUAUUGCUGUAAAUCUUGAUGUUUAUUUCUGCCUUGUAAAGUUCUAUCACGGCCUACCUGGAAUUUAAUAUUCAGUAGACAAAUUAAUUGGUCCUCUGCACAACUUUUUUAAUAAGUAGAUUAUUUUACAAAGAAAUUUGAACAAAUUUAAUUGAAUCUUUUGUUUAGCUUGCCUCUAAGAACUUUUCUUAAUAAAGCUCCCAAAACUUCUCAGCAAAUAAAUCUCCCUUAAGUAGGAAAACUAGAUUUCAUAUUUGCUUACUUUGAAUUAACAGCAACUUUCCACAAGUAAAUCUGUUCUUGCAAAGAUGUGAGCAGAAUAGUUAAAAAUAAUAUUUUUAUGUUUCAUGGUUCUAAAUGGAAGCCAUAAAUGCAGUAAAUACUAUCUGUUGUUUAACUACUUCAAUCGUCAUUUUUUACAUCUUCAAGUUUAUUAGGUUAAAAAAAAAAUAGGGCAGCCUUGGAAGGCAGCUACUACAGAAAACUGCAGUUUUGCGUUAAAGAUAAAGUAGUAUUUUCAGCUCCCUGAAAAACCAUUCCUGCUGAAACUGCUGUAGAAAUUGUGAAGCUGCAUGAGUGGAGAGUAUUGAAUCUGUGGUUAUAGUAGUUUUCUCAGGUUUGUUUAUCUUGAUGUUUGAUGCACUGUGUUUUAUAGUUAUUAAAGUCGAGUAAUAUUAUUUCUAUGCAGUGUUAUGUGUCAUUGGCCUUUUGUGAAUGUGCAUGUUUUAAACUGCAAAUUUUCAACAUUUUGUCCUCUAACUGUUAUUAAAAAUGAAAUAAACUUUACCAUUACUUAAAA